CAAUGUAGCGCAGCGAGGGAUUUGGCGGGCGGGCGGCGCGUCCACGCCGACAUCUCCAGCGCCGACCUCGACCGCGAUGCGUUCCUGGCGGCCAUUCUCGUCCAGUUCUAUGGCCGAUGCGGCUGGGUGGAGGCGGCGCGGGCGGCGUUUGAUAGGGCCUGGGGAAGAACGGCAUUCUUGUGCUCCAGCUUGAUCUCCGCCUAUGGCGACAACGGCUGCCUUCUCCAGGCCCGGGACGUGUUCGAUCGAAUGCCACAGCAGAGCGUUGUCUCGGCCACGGCGGUCCUCAAGGCGUGCUCCAGCGCCGGGGAUUUGCGGGAGGCGAGGUCGUUCUUUGAUCGAAUGGCUCACAGGAACAUUGUCUCCUGGACUGUGCUCAUCGCGGCACUCGCGCAGGGCGGGCAUGUCGCGAUCGCCAGAACGGGGAGAUCCACCAGGCGAGGAUGCUGUUCGAGUCGAUGCCGGAGAAGAAUGUCGUCUCAUGGAAUGCGAUGAUUAGUGGGCUCUCGGAUCACUCCCUUCUUGGCGAGGCAAAGAAGCUGUUUGAUGAAAUGGAUCAACGAGACGAGGCGUCGUGGAAUUCAAUGAUCUCUUCAAAUGCCAGGUCUGGGGAUUUUGAAUUGGCAGAGGAGCUGAUGAGAAAGAUGCCUAGGUGGAGCUUGAUCUCCCAAAAUGCGAUGAUCGUGUCAUCCGGUAAGAUGGAAGGCCAUACUUUUCCAAAAAGAAUCUUCGAUUCGAUUCACGAGAAGGAUUCAAGUCAGUGGACUGCGAUGCUCUCUGCAUAUGCCGGGAAAGGGGACAUUUCCGAGACGCUGGAUUUCUUUGAGAAGCUGCCAGAGUGGUCUAUCGUCACCUGGACGAUCAUGACGGCAGCUCUGGCGAGAAAUGGCCGGAUCGAAGAUGCCAAGCUGCUGUUCGAUCGAGCACCGCGGGAUCAGAGGGACGCUGCGGCUUGGAACGUGAUGAUAUCGGCACUGCUCGAGUGCGAUCUACACGAGGAAGCCUUCGGCAUGGUCCAGGCUAUGGAUCUCGACGGUGUCCGUCCAAACAAGGUGACCCUCGUUGCCGCUCUCGAGGCGUGCUGUGGCUGCUCGUCCCUUUCAAGAGCAAAGACCAUCCACUCGCUGCUCCGGGAGAACGAUCACUUGGGCGAUCCGGCAGUCAGAACAGCGGUCACCAACACAUUUGGAAGGCUCGGGGACUCGAGCUUGAUACAGGAUCAUCCAGCCGACACUCACGCCUGGAACGCGAUCCUCAGCGCUCACUCCCAGCGCGGCGGCUUCCAAGAGGCGGUGGACGCAUUCCUCGCUAUGAAUCUGGAAGGGAUCGCUCCCGACUCGAUCACUUUCAUGACAACGCUCGCGCUGUGCGGCCACACGGGCGCCCCUGACGAAGGCUGGCGGGAGUUUGUGUCCAUGGAGGUGGAUCACGGCGUAAGGCCGGAAACCGGGCACUACGCUUGCAUGGUGGACGUGCUAGCGCGGGCAGGGAGGCUGGCGGAGGCGGAGGAGCUCGUCAUGAGCAUGCCUUUCGAGCCGGACGAGCUUGCGCUGAGAGCUAUUCUCGCGGCUUGCAAGCUUCAUGUGGAUUGCAAGCAAGGUGUGCGGGCAGUCGAGAAGAUUGUGGAGCUCGACUCGGGUGAUGGAAUGCCAUACAUAAUGCUGCUCUCAAGCUUGUGUCCUUCCACUGGCUGAAAUAGAAAUUUUUAAAACAGAUUAAUGAUGUCUAAAUGGGCAUUUGGUCUAGUGGUAUGAUUCUCGCUUUGGGUGCGAGAGGCCGCGAGUUCGACUCUCGCAAUGCCCCAGAAAUUUACCCAGUAAAAAACAAUUCACAAUAAGAAUGGUUAUUUUCUCUUAUAGCGAUUAUAACAUUAAACGGUUGAGCUUAAUGAAUCUAUAAAUUCACAAUCUAUUAAUUGAGUUCUCUUCAGAGCAAUUUGUUUAACAUAAUCUUUUAA